CUUGGACCGAUCGCGUUCCUUCACUCUGCCUAAACUUACUCCUUCAUACCACCAUGUCAAGGUCCUACGAUCGAGCUCUGACGGUCUUCUCCCCUGAUGGCCACUUGUUCCAGGUUGAAUACGCGCUUGAAGCCGUUCGCAAAGGAACAUGUGCCGUCGGCGUACGCGGCAAGGAUGUAGUGGUGCUCGGAGUCGAAAAGAAAUCGGUGCUGCAACUCCAGGAUCCUCGCACGGUCAGAAAGGUUGUCAUGCUCGACGACCACAUAUGUCUCGCUUUUGCAGGUUUAACCGCGGACGGUCGUGUCUUGAUUGACAAGGCCAGAGUUGAAUGUCAGAGUCACCGUUUGACCGUAGAGGACCCAGUGACUGUCGAGUACAUCACCAGACACAUUGCUGGCAUUCAGCAGAAAUACACGCAAUCUGGUGGUGUUCGACCUUUUGGUAUCUCAACCCUGAUCGUUGGUUUUGAUCCCCACGACACUCGGCCACGCCUCUACCAAACGGAGCCUAGCGGUAUCUACAGCGCAUGGAAGGCGAACGCGAUCGGCCGCUCAUCAAAAACUGUACGGGAGUUUUUGGAGAAGAACCAUAAAGAUGAUAUGUCCCGGGAAGAGAGCAUCAAGUUGACCGUCAAGAGUCUGCUUGAGGUCGUUCAGACUGGUGCAAAGAAUAUCGAGAUCAGUGUAAUGGAAGAGUAUGGCAAAGUGACGAACCUUGAGCUUUCCGAGAUUGAGGCCAUUGUUUCAGACAUUGAACGAGAGAAAGAAGCCGAGGCGGAAAGGAAGCGGUCACGGUUGGCUGCGACUGCUGCAGGGCAAGCAGCAAUGACGACGCGUGCGGACCAGGGAACGUCCUCGGGGCAGUAGAUACAUCAUUUUGUACCAUGUAUUCAUCACCAAGAACUGGCAAUAUUCCACCAUCAGCCGGAAGUAGGGUAACAAGUAACAAUUUGGUACUGGUGGGAGGUUGUGAUCUUGACACCGCC